CCGUGGAGGAGAAAGAAAGUGCAGUGGACAAAACACAAUGGCGACGACGGCGAGUACUGCAGGCGGAACGGGCUCGGGUGGACCGGCGACCGGCCCAGUCGGCGGUGGUACCGCAGUGGGACGAAAGAAAGACGGAGGGCCGUCAUCGAAAUUCUGGGAAAGCUCAGAAACGGUAUCUCAGCUGGAGACCGUGCGCUUGUGGAUCGGGAAGCACUACAAAAAGUACGUUCAGAAUGACUCUCCCUCCAGUAAGUCUCUGGGUGGCCUGGUGGUUCAGCUGCUGCAGUUCCAGGAGGAUGCCUUUGGACGGAGGGUCAACAACCCUGCACUCACCAAGCUUCCUGCCAAGAGUUUUCUGGAUUUCAAGGCAGGGGGUGCUCUUUGUCACAUCCUGGGGUCUGUCUACAAGUUCAAGAGCGAGCAGGGCUGGCGCAGGUUCGACCUUCAGAACCCCUCCAGGAUGGACCGGAACGUGGAGAUGUUCUUAAACGUUGAGAAGACCUUGGUCCAGAAUAACUGUUUGACUCGGCCCACUGUCUUCCUGUCGUCAGACAUCGAGCAGAAACCGGCCAACAAGCUGAAAGACAUUAUAAAGAGGCACCAGGGCUCUAUCACUGAGGAUAAGACAAAGGCCACCCACCACAUCUACCCAACUCUAUCCCAGCAGGAGGAUGAGGAGUGGCUGCGUCCAGUCUUACGGAAAGACAAGCAAGUGCUGAUACACUGGGGCAUGUACCCUGACAGCUAUGACACCUGGGUGUCCGCCAGCGAAGUGGACGGAGAUAUUGAGGACCCACCCAGCACUGACAGACCUUGGAAGGUCCAUGCUAAGUGGGUGAUGGACACGGAUGCCUUUAACGAGUGGAUGAAUGAGGAAGACUAUGAGGUGGAUGAGAACAAGAAGCCAGUCAGCUACCGGCAGAGGAUCUUCCCCAGGGAGGAGGAGUCUUCCCGUACACCUGAUCGCAAGGAGCGCAAGGCCAAUGCUGCUGGCAAGAAGAGGAGACGCUCGCCCUCGCCACCCAGCACCCCUGCCGAGUCACGCAAGAAGGGAGGAAAAAAGGGGAACCCUGGACCUCACUGGAAGCGGCGUGGCCACAGAGGCGAGGAAGAAGACACCGAAGAGGACCUGAGCAAAGACAUGGAUGACUCGUCAGCGGCCAUGGAGGAGGGCAGCCUGUCCAAAAAUGAUGACCUGGAAGAUGACUCUGUUCUUUCUGGUGGAAAAGAUGACGAGGAGCAGGGCAAGGCGGAGGUCAACAGGUUGAUGGACUCUAGUGAGGACAACGUUACAGAGCAGACCCACCACAUCAUCAUCCCCAGCUAUGCUGCUUGGUUCGACUACAACUGCAUCCAUGAGAUUGAGAGACGAGCCCUGCCAGAGUUCUUCAACGGAAAGAACAAGUCCAAAUCUCCAGAGAUAUACCUGGCCUACCGUAACUUCAUGAUAGAUACCUACAGACUGAACCCACAGGAGUACCUCACCUCCACUUCCUGCCGCCGCAACUUGACUGGGGAUGUCUGUGCUGUUAUGAGGGUCCACGCAUUUCUGGAGCAGUGGGGUCUGGUCAAUUAUCAGGUUGACGCUGAGAGCCGGCCCCUUCCCAUGGGCCCCCCGCCCACCCCCCACUUCAAUGUGCUGGCAGACACACCGUCUGGCCUGAUGCCGCUCCACCACCGACCUGCACAGAUUCCUCCUGCCCAGCCAAUGAUGAACUUUGCAGAGAAAGGCAAAGAAAAGCCCACUGACAUGCAGAACUUUGGUCUCCGCACCGACCUCUAUGCCAAAAAAACCUCCAAGGGCAAAGGAGCCAGCUCCACCAGGGAGUGGACAGAGCAGGAGACGCUGCUCCUGCUGGAGGCCCUGGAGAUGUACAAAGAUGACUGGAACAAGGUGUCAGAGCAUGUUGGCUCACGGACCCAAGAUGAGUGCAUCCUGCACUUCCUGCGACUGCCCAUUGAGGACCCUUACCUGGAGAGCAGCGAAGCCUCACUGGGACCACUGGCCUACCAGCCGGUGCCUUUCAGCCAGUCUGGGAACCCUGUCAUGAGCACCGUGGCCUUCCUAGCCUCUGUGGUCGACCCCAGGGUGGCUUCUGCUGCAGCCAAGGCAGCCCUGGAGGAGUUCUCAAGGGUGCGUGAGGAGGUGCCAGCUGAGCUGGUGGAGGCCCACGUGAAGAAGGUCCAGGAAGCAGCCAGGAGCACCGGCAAAGUGGACCCCGCCUUCGGCCUUGAGAGCAGCGGCAUCGCGGGUACUGCUCCAGAUGAGCCUGAAAAGACUGAAUGCUCCGAGGCGGAGAAGGUGGACACGGACUCAGACUCCCAGCAAGGUGAUAAGGCGGAGUCUAAAGAUGAGGCGGAGAAGCCCAGCGAGUCGGCAGAGAAGGGUGAGAAGACGGAGGGAGGGGAGAAGGUGAAGAAGGAGAGCACAGAGGCCUCGGAGGGAGAGGCCGAGGGAGCAGAAGGAAAACCCCCCACAGCAGACAAAGACAAAGAGGAGGCCAUGGAGACGUCUUCGACGGAGCAUGAGAAAGAGGAAAAGGGCAGCGCUGAGGAGGGAGAUGACAAGGGGAAGAAACUGGAGCUGGAUGUCGGGGAGGGGAACAUUGCCACUGCAGCAGCCGCUGCCCUGGCCUCUGCUGCUACCAAGGCCAAGCACCUGGCAGCAGUGGAGGAGAGGAAGAUAAAGUCCCUGGUGGCCCUGCUGGUAGAGACCCAGAUGAAGAAGUUGGAGAUCAAGCUGAGACACUUUGAAGAGUUGGAGACCAUCAUGGACCGCGAGAAAGAGGCGUUGGAGCUACAGAGGCAGCAGCUGCUGACUGAGCGUCAGGCGUUCCACAUGGAGCAGCUCAAGUACGCUGAGAUGAAGGCCCGCCAGCAGAUGGAGCAGCAGGCUGCGGCUGCCGCAGCAGCAGCCCAGGCCCAGGGACAGGCCCCUGGCCCUGGCCCCCACCACGGGCCCCCUCCUCCAGGCAUGCACCAUGGAGGACCCCAAUCCCACCAUGGGGGUCCCCCUCCCGGCAGCACCAUGCACCCUGGCUACCCUCCUAUGGGCCACCACCCCAUGGCCCAACACCACCCGGGACAGACAGGACCAAUGGGACCCAGUCAGCCCAUGCCAGGACGCAUGAUGCCGAUUACUCCAGGAGGCGCUCCCCCUCCUGGCAGCAUGCCUCCCAUGAUGUCCCCCCACCCUGGAGCUCCCAAUGGCAUGUACCCUGGCCAACCCCCUGCACAGCCUGAUGGGAUACCUCCAGCACCUGCGGGCCCUCCACCUGCCCCUACUGGACGAGUGGCUGACAACUAAGACCUUACGCACAUGUGCAGGCACACACAGACGCACACACAUGUACACAAAACCUCUGAUCUCUCAGCCUCAGCCCACUGAUGGCCUUUGCUACUGUCUCGUUUCCCCCUGCCCAGCUCCCACAUCUUCAUAUGCAAAACACAACACAGACAGAUAAACUCACACUCUCACACUGACACAUACUUACACUCAGGGCUUAAUGGCAAGGGUGACCCAAGCUUACACACAAAACAAACAUGCCCCUCAACCCCCACACACAAACAAAUACACCCAAACUCACAUCCAGAUUUCCUCUCAGGGCACGGCGGCGAGGGUCGUCCACUGAUAAACACUGUCGUCUGGUCUGGCAGGCCAGGAGGAGGCUGCUCUGCUGGCUGUCGUGAAGGACUGUUUAAUGGAUUAGGAAACAAACUAGAGGACACAAUAGGAUUAGACAUUCUGUCUCCCUCACCUCCUCUCUCCCCAUGCUAUCUCUUUUAAAUUACACUGUAUCCCCCCUCCCCCUUUACUCUCGUUCUCUCACACGCACCCAAACACACACAUACUCCUCUAGUGUGUACGUCCCCAUCCAGACACUAGGGGGUACUAGUCAAUCCAGAGGGCAAGGGAGACUUUCAGGGAUGUAUGCGGUGAGUAAAUGAGUUGUGACACACACAAACACACACAUGCUGAGGGGAUCUAGAACGCCCCCACUCUUGUUUCACUGACUAUCUACCUCUCGCUCCGCCUGACAUGAUACACUGUAGGUGUGUGUGUGUGUGUGUGUGUGUGUGUGUGUGUGUUUGUGAGAGAGAGAGAGAGAGAGAGAGAGAGAGAGAGAGAGAGAGAGAGAGAGAGAGAGUUUGUGACCAUCAGUUUGGCUGCUCAGUUUCCCCUGGCCUCAGGGUCAGGGAUGUGGGGCAGACACUUGAUGAUUACACCUAAACAAUUACCCCCUCUGGGCAUAGCACUGUAACACGCACAGAAAUACACCCAAGCUAAGCUGGAUGCUCACACUGGAGGCUGACUGUACACCAACUUAGCUGGACCCCGCCGCAAUGCACCGGAGGAUGACACACACAAACCCACACACUGACACACACACAAGCAUAAUCUCCCUCUGACCUCCACACAGCCUCUUCAGAGAGACUCGCGACCAGAGAGCAGUCCUCAGCACCGUGGGCCCUUCAGCUAGACGUUAGGUGCUAGUAAUGUAGCAGCGAGCUAUGGCCACCCUGACCCUGACCCGACCCAGCUACUAGUGCUACCUACCUCGCUAACCUCUUCCCUGCACCUUCCGGAUAAUAACCAGAGUAACACUUCUCAGUGUGUCACAGAAGGUCAUCUGGACACAACUUUUACUGACGGAAACAUUCCAUCGUCAUCGAAUGCCCCUUGUCCACUGCAUGGUACCGGCGCCACUCAGCUCUACUCGCUUUUUUUUGGUUUUCCAUUGGGCAAAAGUUAGGGAUGGUACCUGGUACCAGGUACUUUUUUUUUGAUACCACCUCCGUCGUGGUUCCAAGAGAGCUGAGCCCGUACCAAAAGGUGACAUGAAAAUACCACUAUAAAUAAAUAAAUGUAUAUUUAUUUAAAUAUAAAUAAACUCUUUAAAAAAAUAGUCCACAUGUCCACAAAUUACCAGUGGGGCUUCGCUGUGAGGGGAUGCGAUCUGCAGUGGAAAACCACAUCCCAAAAAGUAAAGCGAGUAGAGUCGAAUAGAGUAGUCGGGUUGAGUCGGUACCAUGCAGUGGAAAAGGGGCAUAGGUGACCUCUUCAGUCUCAACUGACCGCAGGUGUCCCCACCCUUCUAAACAAUACAGUGGCAUCACCGCCCACACCAACCACCAGGUUCAUAUGCACAUACGGCGUGGCCAUUAGCGAGGGCUACCAGGCUGUGUGUGCUGUUCACACAGGGUCGGGGAAACAGUCGCAGUCACAGCAUUUUUGAAACUAGGUAAAGGUCACACCCAUAUUUGUAUAUGAAACCGAUCGUUGGUUUCAUCACGUUUCUGUCGUUAAGUGUUGUGUCCAGAUGAACUGAUCCCGUCUGUGAUUUCUUACCUGGGCUGCUGAGCCUGCACCAAGUCACUUGUCAGUGUGCUUAGUGUAUUCACUUGUCUGUUGGCCUAUGGAUAGGAAUGCUCCAUGCAUAAUAAUACUUCAAACACUUUUCCUGAUAUACAGUGUGUUGAGUGUGCAACGGCACAUUUACACUAACAGCACAGUGGCAUGCCCCCAUAGUGUGUCCUCACUGCUGUGGGAACACUGUUUACUAGGCAACAUGUCCCUCAGCCCGAACACAUGGUGUGUGUGUGUGUGUGUGUGUGUGUGUGUGUGUGUGUGCCUGCCUACAGUAUAUCUCCAUGGGUUGAUGUGCAGGUUAAGGCUGUGAUGGAGAAGCCUUCACAUGGUCAGUGAACCACGCCUCCUCUGCUAGCACUGUUAGCCUCCACUACCUCUUCUCACUCCCUCUUCUGCUAGCUACCUCUUCUAGAAUUCUUCCUGUUGCUAUCUGCUACCUCUAAGCGCACCCCUCUGCUACCUCUAGGAUGCCCCCGCUCUUCUGAAAUCUGCCCCGGCUUUAUUUUUCCUGCCCACGUGACUGCUGCAUCAACUUACUGUUGCCCUCUCCUACGGCUUGGGGAGAAGAAAUUGUUUUUUCACACACAUGCUCGCUCUCUCUCUCUCUCUCUCUCUCUCUCGCUCUCGCUCUCGCUCUCUCUCUCUCUCUCUCUCUCUCUCUCUCUCUCUCUCUCUCUCUCUCUGUCUCUCUCUCUCUCUCUCUCUCUCUCUCUCUCUCUCGCUCUCGCUCUCGCUCUCUCUCUCGCUCUCUCUCUCGCUCUCGCUCUCGCUCUCUCUCUCUCUCUCUCUCUCUCUCUCUCUCUCUCUCUCUCUCUCUCACACACACACACACACACACACACACACACACACACACACACUAUUCACUUACAGUUGCAUUCCCCCACACUCCCCCACUUGACUCCCCCAUCUGUUUCCACACUGUUAAAAUAUCUCCCAACAUGAGAACAUCUUAUUAAUUAUCUUUUCCAGCUACUAUGUUUCUUUUGUUAUGGUAAUGUAUUUUUAAGACUAAGCUUUGUGUAGAUGGAGUUAUCUUUGUUCUCUGGAAGUUUGUAGCAAAUUUGUUUUUUUUUAUGGGGUCUGUUGGUACUUGGACCUAGAUACUGUCAAAUAAACUUUUUGU